CCAAACCUUUCGACUUACCUGCGCUUCCUCUCCUUACGCGAACAGGCAGAACGCGGAACUCAGGACUGCGAAGAACAGAAAGAACGAAGGUCGAAGAACGAUUGACGGAGCUUGCGAGUUGUGACGAUAACGCUGUGGUGCCUGUGAGCUGAGACCCACCAACAAAGACGCGAACAUCAGCCCUGUGUCAUCCGUUUUUCCUCUCCGACUCUGCCUCCAGCUCCACUGCUCCAGGGAGUCCGCUCAGUCCAGAUAUGUACUCAGCGCGUUCACUUUUUGGUGGGGCUAUCGCUUCUACAUUUCCCAGUCGCUUCCAGGACAUUAGUACUAUACGCCAAGUUCCCGACAAUCAGGAGGUAUUUGUGGAUCCCGCCCGGGAUGAGAGUUUGAUAUUCGAGCUUCUUGAAUUGAAGCAAGAUGUGGCGGAUGAUGGAAGUGCCACUUGGUUUCUUCAGGACCUUGCUAAUGAGCAGGAUGCAGAGGGAGCCAUUUUAAUUGAGAAGUCAGAAGUGUUUGAUGUUCCUGGACUGCGCUUCAGGGCCUUGCCUUCUGUCAUUUCUACUGCUGUUGGUCAAAUGGCUAUAUCAAAGGGAAGGCAAGGGAGGGAAGCACAAAACUUGGUCAAGGUUUAUUUGGCAAAUGUGCGACUUAAGGAAGUUACCACUGAUGUUCUGAUCACAGCAUAUGAACCUAUUGUAAUCAACUCGUUAAGUGAAAGCGCAAGCACAGUUGGGGCUGGUAUAGCUGUUCCUGCUGAGCAAGCUGGAUGUAUGCCAAUGUCUGAGGUCUUUAAACUUGCGGUUUCCAGCUUUAAAGUGCACAAUUGGGGACUUUUUAGUACUGGUUGAAGUUGAAGUUGAAGUCCGCAAAGAUUCCAUUUUAGUAGAGUCUAGUGUGUGCAUAUGUGUGUGUUUGUAUGGAAUUCUUUUUCUGUAAUGAAAUUAGUAUUUAAAUUUUGCCUAGCCCACAUUCAGUUUUACAUCGUUCUAUGCUAUUUUUCUUACUUCAAGGGAAUUUUCAGCAAAUA